UCUCGUGCGUACCCGAAAGGGAAAAGCCUCAUCCAGACCUACCUCUACCGGCAUCUCAUCGGCUGCCGCCAAAACCCUAACCCUAAACUCCCCGCGCCCCCCUUCCUCCUCCUCCUCCUCCUCCUCCCAUGGCGAAGAGGCGAAAGCCCUCUCCUGAGCCAGAUCCCUCCUCUUCAUCUGAAGAAGAAGAAGAAGAAGAAGAGGAAGAGGAAGAGGAAGAAGAAGAGGAAGAAGAAUCCAAAUACGACGACGAGGAGGAAGAUGAAGCAUCCGAGGACGAAGUAGAAGACGAAGAAGAAGAAGAAGAGGAAGAGGAAGACGAAGAAGAAGAGAAGUUAGACCCCUCGAACCGCGAGGCUAUCCGCAUGCUGUUGGAGCCCUUUGGCAAGGACCAGCUGAUGGAGCUCCUCAAGGAGGCCGCCCUGAAGAACCCCUCCCUCCUCUCCCGGAUCUCCGCCUCCGCCGAGUCCGACCCCGUCCACCGCAAGAUCUUCGUCCACGGCCUCGGCUGGGACGCCACCACCGAGACCCUCGCUUCCGUCUUCUGCCAGUACGGCGAGAUCGAGGAGUGCCGUGUCGUCGUCGACCGCAAUACCGGCCGCAGCAAGGGCUAUGGCUUCGUCCUCUUCCGCACCCGCGCCGCGGCCCGCAAGGCCCUCAAAGAACCCCAGAAGCGGAUCGGCCACCGCAUGACUUCCUGCCAGCUCGCUUCCUUCGGUCCUCCUGGUGCCCAGGGCCCUGCCCCCGACUCCACCGGCCGCAAAAUCUUCGUCAGCGGCAUCGCCGACCACAUCAACCCCGAGCGCCUCCGCGCCUUCUUCACCCGCUUUGGCGAGGUCGAGGAGGGCCCCCUCGGGUACGAUCGCAACACUGGCAGGCUCCGCGGGUUUGCCAUCUUUGUCUACAAGUCAUCCGACAGCUGCAAGAAGGCGCUGGAGGAGCCGAAGAAGUUCUUCGAGGGAUGUGAGCUGCACUGCCAGAGGGCGGUCGAGGGGCUGAAACCCAAGAUCCCUUCGGGGGCGGCAGCGGCGGCUGGAGGUGCUGCUGCAGUGCCGGCAGUCCUGCAGCCGAAUGACCUGGCUCUCACGUAUGCUUCGCAGUCGGUGCUGGGUCUGAAUCCAAUGGCGGGAUUGGUAGGACAGACCCUCAACCCAGCUCUGGGGCUUCUGGGGCAGAACUCUGGGGUUGGGGUGCUGAAUCCUGGAGCUGCGACAGUGGCGACAGCAGGGAUAUCACCCUCGUUGAAUAGGAGCAUUACAACUCCGCCACCUUAUGGACUUGGAUUAGGGCUUGGCGGGGGUGGGACGGGGGUCAAUAGCAUAAGUCCUAGUAUUAUUGGGAGUUAUGGUUCUCAGGCAGCUUUGCAGGGUUGGGGGGUUUACCAGAACAGUCAGCUGCCUUCAACAACUUCGAUGAGGUCUCAAUCUGGCAUUGGAUCGAUGGGUGCUGGCUUGCCAUCAUAUCUCGGCCGCUAGGAGCCUGAAGGAGGGACAUGGAGAUGUUUCCUACUCUUAGCAAAAAGUUGCAAGCAUUUCAGCUACAUAUGUUGGUUAGUGUAGUUGGUGCCGUCUCUCAUGUUUAUAGCUGUACUCCGCUGUUGUUUGGCAGACAUUUAUGGAUCACUGCUCUGGAUUUUUGAGGAUCAUGUAUCACCUAGCCACAUUGUCAGGAAUAUUUCCAAUCACCUUUAUGUUUUAUGAUGCUUUGAUUGGUAGUUGAUCUAGGCCUUUUAUGUCGUGAAUUGAUGUGUCAGGCUUCUGCACCUGUCUGAUUUAUCAUUACUUUUAAAAUUAAGAGAUCAAGGUUAGUGCUA